AUGGGUAAUGAAGAUGAAAUGGAGCAACAGGUUGAUCUGACCAAAGCUGAAAAAUUGUCGGAGUAUAAACAAUUGCGCUCGUCGACCAAGGGAAAUAUAACUCGAAUUAAAACAGCGGUCAGCAAGAAGAAUGUUCCUAUCGAGGAGCUGGGUUGCAGGUUAGAUAUUUUGGAAGCCUACUUCAAGCAGGCAUUGUCGAUUAGUACCAGCAUACUUCGACUGUGUACUCCAACUGCAUGUGAGUCCCACGAGAAGGCAAUGGCAGACAUCGAGGAUAUUUACGUUGCAGCUAAGGCGAAAAUAAAAGAAAAGCUGGCUGCAAGUCGGGUUGAUGCCGAGGCAAGUGCGCUUAACCUUACAACGGCGGCGAUUCCGCAAUCGUCAAUGAGGCGUCAUAUAAAACUACCAACAUUCGAUGGAAAAUACUCGGAGUUUCCGAAAUUUAUGGCGAUUUUCCAUAAGAUGGUGAAUCAAGAUGAAACCUUGGACGAUUGCGAGCGGUUUGUAAUUCUUAAAGAUAAUUUAUCCGCACGAGCACUUCAUGCCAUUGAUGAAUUCGAGAUUACCAGUUUAAAUUAUAAGAAGGCGCUUGACCGGCUGAGGAGUAACUUCGAUAAAAAAAAAUUUAAUCAACGAAAGAACGACGAGGAAUCCUUGGCAAAGUGGGAGGAAUCUAUCGACUAUACAAGGCUAUCCACUUGGGAUGAAUGCUCUGCAGUGUUGACUAAGAGAUGUGAAAAUAUGGAGGCUCGAGAGACAAGAACGGCACGCUGUGGCGAGAACGAGGACGAUGGAAGCAAAGCUAGUCGCAAAGAUAAUCGCAAGGCGGUUGGUUGUAAAAAAAACGUUUUGGCUAUAGAGAAAGGUGGAUGCGAAGUUUGUCGAAAGGACGGGCACAACGUAGAAAGCUGCCGUAAAUUUGAGGCUCAGAAGGUUCCGCAGAGGCGCAAAACGGCACGACAUUUGAGGCUGUGUUUCGUGUGUUUGCAAAGUGGGCAUAAGGCCAGUAGCUGUCAAGCGAAACGGUGUAUAGAGUGCGGUGGUGACCACCAUAAAAUGCUGCAUAAAAACAAGGUAGAGGUGAAGACGAUCGACGCACCAGGCACGACGCAAGCUGCUACGGUAAGUCAAGUUGCUGUGCAUGCUACGAUGCAAAAUGAAGGCGCGGAUGUUAUUUUGGCAACGGCGGUAAUUGGUAUCAAGGGGAGAAAUGGACCGGAAAUCCAAGCUCGUGCGCUUUUGGAUUCAGCGACCCAACUAAAUUUGAUGUGCGAACCGCUUAUGCAGAGACUAAAGCUUAAAUGGACUUCAUGCAUCAUGACUGCGCACAGCAUUGCAGACAGUGGCACAAAUAUUACAAGAAAAGUGCAGGCAAGCGUCAAAUCAAGGAUUGGUGGUUACGAGACAUCACUUGAGUUUUAUGUGUUGCCAAAAAUAACGUCGUUUAAGCCAGAUCAAUUUAUGAAUGCAGAUGAUUGGGGCAUCCCUAGUAACAUAUCAUUGGCAGAUCCGAAUUUCAACAAGCCUGGCCGUAUAGACGUACUGUUAGGCGCAGAAAUCUUUUGGGACUUAUUAUCGGUUGGCCGAAUUACGCUGAAAGCGAAUCUCCCGCGAUUGCAGAAAACUGUGCUGGGUUGGGUCGUGUCAGGUGUGACAAAUCGAGCCGACUCCAACGAGAGGCUUAGGAGCAGCUUAAUGAUGACAUCAUCCAAGCAACCAGGUGUUCAAGAGGAACUGACGGCCCUUGUAGAGAAAUUUUGGCUGAUGGAACAGGUUGAUGCAAAAACACUGUUUCCAACAGCGGACGAGGCACUGUGUGAAGAGAUUUUUAUCAAAGAAUCUAGACGUGAUCACACUGGGCGCUUCGUGGUAAGGAUUCCAUUUAAAGAAAAUGUCGCUGAGCUAGGCGCCUCAAAUCAAGCGGCAUUACGGCAAUUCUUGCUCCUUGAAAAGAGACUAAGGAAUAAUCCAGUAAUCGAAAAAAUGUAUAAUGCAUUCAUAGAGGAAUAUUUGGCGUUGGGGCAUAUGGCACUGGUACCAAGGGAUUCCAGGGAAAAGGUAAAGUACCUUGCACCGCAUACGUUUGUGUUACGGCCAGAAUCUACAAGUACUAAACUGUGGGUAGUGUUUGACUGCAGUUGUAAGACCUCAUCGGGGCUCUCUUUGAAUGAUGUAAUGUGCAAAGGUCCCAUUCUACAAGAUGACUUGCUAGCGAUCGUGUUGCGCUUUCGAUGCUAUAAGUAUGCGAUAACAGCGGAUGUGACGAAAAUGUAUCUGCAAGCCUGGGUGAGUGAAGAGGAUUCAUUUUAUCAAUGUAUAUUGUGGCGGCCAACCCCAAAUGAAGAUAUUGAAGUAUAUCGCUUAUUGACGAUCACGUACGGAACGGCGUCCGCGCCAUAUCUGGCGACAAGAUGUGUAAAGGCACUUGGUGAACAGUGCGCAGAGAAGUUUCCAUAUGGUGCAAACAAGGUUUUAUCAGAUUUGUAUAUGGACGAUCUGAUAUCAGGUGCAGACUCCGAUGAGCAGCUACAACAAAUUUACUCGGAGGUCAGCGAGAUUUUAAGUUCUGCAGGGUUUGAGCUACGUAAAUGGUACUCGAAUAAUAGUGAAUUUUUGAAGAAAGUGCCAUCGGAUGAUCAAGAGAAGCCACUGCGUAUGAACGAUGCCGAAAUCAUCAAAACUCUCGGUAUUAUAUGGGAGCCCACUUCCGAUGUGUUUCGUUAUGAUUGA